ACAAACGCAUUGCAAGUGUUAAAAUUUAGCAAAUCAUUUGAAAUCAUGACGGUGGGACUUGUAAGACUUCUUAUUUGGUCAAUAUUUGGUGUUCUGCUCAGCGCAAACCUCGCUUGUGGCAAGCCCGUAUCAACAUUGCUGGACGCUGAAGAGAUAGCGGGCAUGUUUGAAGGCGAUAUGAUCUUAACUGCGGAUCAAGAACGUUUGCUACGAAGUCCGCUGCAAGGCCGAAAUGGUUUGGUUGACGAGACCAAGCGGUGGCCGAAUCGUAUUGUCUAUUACAAAAUUGUCGGCGAUUUUGACUUAAUUCAUCGCCAAGCCAUUUCAGACGCCAUAGAGGUUUUGGAAGAGCGUACCUGCUUAAAAUUCCAUGAAGCCAGCGAAACCUCCAAGCAAUACGUGGCAAUUUCUUCCAUGGCGGGUGGAUGCUACACCGCUGUUGGCUAUCAGGCCAAAGUGCAGACAAUGAACUUGGAGAAUUAUCCAAUUGGUGAGGGCUGCUUCCGAGCGGGCACCAUAUUGCACGAGUUCAUGCACGCGCUCGGCUUUUAUCAUCAGCAAAGUGAUAGCAAUCGUGAUAAGUACAUAGACGUUGUCUACGACAAUAUUGUGCCGGGUAAAGAGCCAAACUUUGAAAAAUACGACGCGUCAGUUGUGACCGAUUUCGAUGUGGGUUACGACUAUGAUAGCUGUCUACAUUAUAGACCCGGCGCAUUUUCGAAGAAUGGUAAAGAUACGAUAGUGCCGUUGGACGCGACCGCGGUUAUCGGUCAGCGAGAACAUUUGAGUAAAAAGGAUAUAAACAAAAUUAAUAUCAUGUACAAGUGUCCCAUACUGACCUAAAAGUGCAUUACUCCAAUAACAGAUCAAAGAGACAUAUAUUAUAAGUGAUACAACUA